AUGGCGUUGCUCACACUCGUCCCUGCGCUGGUUGCUGGAGUCUACUACCAGGUCUUCCGCACGCAGUGCUUCACCGUGGGUCCGGAGGCCGCGACGCGGCGUUUCGCUGCGCUUCGGGAGGUGAGUCCCGGCUCCAACGAGGACGCGGUGGAGCUGCUGGACGCGCACCACAGGGACCGGGUGCCUUUAGUCUUCCGCAACGGCAGCGCGAUGCAUGGCUGGGAGAGAAGUUGUUGGUCCACGGAAUGCCUCCGGAAGCGCUUCGGGGAUGUCAGCAUCGAAGGUGGAUACUCUGCCACUUUGGAAGAUUAUUUGGACACCUUCUUCGAUGGUGAAGAUCCGCCCCUGGUGAAGGAGAAGUGCCUGAAGACCCUGAAGGGAGAGGCGCCGCCAUGCACAAUGCAGGCGGGGGCGCCCUUCUGCACAAGGCCCUGUUUGAUCAAUGCAACCCUGAACUUUGGCAUAGUGGUGGACUCCGAUCCACCCUUCGACGACGUUUUGGAAGAGACCUUGAGUUCCUUGCCCCUCCUCCGAGCUCGAGCCCAACGAGGCGAUGGUCUGCUGGCGCGGCUGGUCACAUGGCUAGUGCCCUCUACGGUGGGUUUCGCCCCAUCGGCGGAUUGGGUCGAGGCAGUGCUUUGGCUCAGCCCAGCCGGGGCGCGGACAGGACUACACCAAGACGACGAGCCAUGCUCUGUCUUGUACCAGGUGUAUGGUCGGAAGCGUUUGCGGCUCUUCUCUCCUGUGGAUACUAAGCACUUGAAGGCCAACGAACAGCCCCAUUGCUUGGGCGAACAUGGAACGCGCUACUCCCAGCUGACCUGGGAAGAACUGGACAGCUUGGAGUCUUCGCAACCCUUGGAGGUAGUUCUGGCAGCAGGGGAUGCCAUCUUCAUCCCCAACGGUUGGUGGCACGCGGUCGAAGCCUUGGGUCCCGGCCCUGCGGUGUCCAUCAGCGGGAGGGGCCUCACCUUCUGCGAGGGCGUGGCGUUUUUGCCAUUUUGGGUAGCCAUUUUGAUGCAACAGAAGCUGUUGAUACCGGAGAACCGAGCUGUUUGGUUGCCGCACAUUUUGGCGCUGGUCCUACCAUUUGUCCCGACCUGGGUCCUCAUGUCCACACUGUCCACGGUGCGGCGGUGUUUCGGAACGUGGAGAUCUGAGAACACGCCACUUGGGGUGGAACGAAAAGAGAAGUGAAUGGCACUCUCCCGAGAAGAUUGGAACGGUUGAACAGUUGCUGGCACUGGCUCGGCCAUGACAGCGACGACAUUUCAACGUGAUGCACAUGGUACUGGUAAGGCAGGAGCACCCGCUCAAGGUUCGCAUUGGUUUCCUCGGCCCCGACGUCAGUAUGUUCCACCAGGAAGACUGGGUACAUUUGGGUAUGCCCCGCGCAAAAUCAAGACCGCAAGUUCUUGACAAACACUUGAAUAUCCUGACCAGUUUGUUUUUUUCGUUUGAGACAACAGUGGAGCAGAGCUUUCAAGACCAGGGCCCAUUCUGGAACAUAAAACCCACCUGAACUGACAGGUGGCAAGCUGCGAUCAAGCGUCGGUGGCAGAAUGGCAGGAUGAUCCCAAUUGACCAAGCGAAGCCUUUUGUGAAUGAACAAAUUGGGCCUCCAGAAUCAACCUGCAGAAACCCAGAUGGUGGCGACCAAUCAAUUCCGUGACUGAUGAAACUUGGGGAGAUCCCCAAUUCCGUGCCAAAAACAGAUCGAACCUUUCCGGAUCUCAAUUCGGAGAAGCAGCUGAAUGAAUAUCGGAUGUGCUUCCUG